AUGGCCACGAUCCGGCGCAUGACGCCCGGCGACCUGCUCAGCCUGAACCUGACCAACCUCGAUCCCUUGACCGAGAACUACGACCUGCACUUCUACCUCAACUAUCUCAUGAAAUGGCCGUCUCUCUUCAAUGUCGUCGAGGACCGCGAUGGCCAGAUAGUCGGCUACAUAAUGGGCAAGCUUGAAACGCAACCACAGGCCAUGCGUCAUUCGGAGCACUACACCCCAUGGCAUGGCCAUAUCACAGUGCUCACAGUUGCGCCGGCCUGGAGAAGGAUGGGCCACGCACGACGGCUGACGGAGAGCCUGGAACGGGCCUCAGACAAGAACAAUGCGUGGUUCGUUGAUCUGUAUGUGCGGGCGGGGAAUAAGGUCGCCGUUGAUAUGUACAAGGGCAUGGGUGACGACCCCACUGGGCUCUCAGAAGAGGGUGAAGAUGCAUUUGACAUGCGAAAGCCGUUGAGCCGCGAUGUGCAUCUAAAGCACUCUCGUCCAAAUGGGGAAAACUUCCUUGUGAGUCCUGAAGACGUUACCUGA